UGGGUUGAGGGUAGCAAUUGACACCUUGCCUCAGGUGUUUUGGGCAACCCGGGCUCUGCCUCUGAAGGAGAGUGCCAUUCUCAGACGGCCUUCUGCAGACAUGCUCCCUGACGACAGUGGUACCUUGUGGCUGCUUUGGCUGCUGCGGGACAUCCAGCUAGCCCAGUUCUACCGGCCCAUCCUUGAGGAACUGAAUGUCACUCGGCUCGAGCAUUUUGACUUUGUAAGGCCUCAGGACCUGGACAGCAUUGGCAUGGGCCGGCCUGCCCAGCGCAGACUUGCUGAAGCCCUGAAGAGGCACCGGUCAGGGGUCAAGUCUAAGAACUGGGUCUACAAGAUUCUCGGGGGUUUCGCCCCUGAGCAAAAGGAGACCACUCCACCCUCAGACAGCCCUCGGUACCUUCCUGAGCCAGAGGGGGGACUCAAGUGUCUGAUCCCAGAGGGAGCCGUGUGCAGAGGGGAGCUGUUGGGCUCAGGUUGUUUUGGUGUGGUCCACCGAGGGCUGUGGACACUGCCCAGUGGCCAGAGUAUCCCAGUGGCGGUCAAAUCCCUGCGGGUGGGUCCUGAGGGUCCGGUGGGCACAGAGCUGGGAGACUUCCUGCAGGAGGUAUCUGUCAUGAUGAAGCUGGAACACCCACACGUCCUGCGUCUGCAUGGCCUCGUGUUAGGCCAGCCUCUGCAAAUGGUGAUGGAGCUGGCUCCACUGGGUUCCUUGUAUGCACGCCUGACAGCUCCUGCCCCGACGCCCCCUCUACCUGUGGCUCUGCUCUGCAUCUUCCUGAGGCAGUUGGCCGGAGCAAUGGUGUACCUAGGGUCCCGUGGGCUAGUCCACCGGGACCUUGCCACUCGCAACCUGCUGCUGGCCUCCCCUCGCACCAUCAAGGUGGCAGAUUUCGGACUGGUACGGCCUGUGGGCGGUGCCCUGGGCCGUUAUAUAAUGGGUGGACACCGCCCCAUCCCCUAUGCCUGGUGUGCCCCGGAGAGCCUGCGCCAGGGAGCCUUCUCAUCUGCUUCCGACGUGUGGAUGUUUGGGGUGACGCUGUGGGAAAUGUUCUCUGGAGGCAAGGAACCGUGGGCUGGGGUCCCACCGUACCUCAUUCUGCAGAAGCUGGAGCAGGACCGAGCCCGGCUGCCAAGGCCUCCUCUCUGUUCCAGGGCCCUCUACUCCCUUGCCCUGCGGUGCUGGGCUCCCCGCCCUGCGGACAGGCCUAGCUUUUCUCACUUGGAACAGCUGCUCCAAGAGGCCUGCCCUCCCGAGGGGCGUUGUGUGAGGGAUGUCACAGAACCAGGUGCCUUGCAAAUGGAGCCCGGUGACGCCAUCACCAUCAUCGAGGGCAGCCCGGACGCCGUAACCUGGAGGGGCCAGAAUGGCCGCACCUUCAAGGUGGGCAACUUCCCGGCCUCAGCAGUGACACUGGCAGAUUUAGGGGGCGCACCAGCCCCCUUCCCAGCCCACAGAGGCUCUUCUGCCCGGGGAGAGCAACGGACUAUAGAAGGGGACAGAGAGAAAGCAAAGCCUGGGGGUCCGCCACCACCAGGCCAGAGAAGGAAAGUACCCCUGCAGAGGAUGAAAGGCAUUUCCAAGAGUCUGGAGUCAGUGCUAUCCCUGGGCCCUCGACCUUCAGGGGGAGGUUCAAGUCCCCCUGAGCUUCGACAUUCCAGAGCUGUGCCCCGAGGACCCCCAGACCUGCCUCCGCGCCCACCAUUUAUCCCCAGUGCCUCUCAGCCCAUCCAGCCCCCAAGGACACGGCCUCCCUGGCCCAAAAGAGAACCUGUUUACAAUCACCACAGUGGAGUUGCUGGAGCCAGUAAAGCCACUGGCCCCCCGGGAGGCCUCUUGCCUGACCCUGAGUGGCAGAGGAAGAUUACAGAGGUGGGGUUGAGUGUGCAUGGAGUCACCCACCAGGAAUGCCAGGUGGCACUCAGGGCCACUGGAGGAGAUGUGGCUUCUGCUGUUCGGAACCUCAAGGUAGACCAGCUCUUCCACCUGAGCAGCAGGUCCAGAGCCGACUGCCGGCGCAUCCUGGAGCGUCAUCAGUGGGACCUGUCAGCAGCCAGCCGUUACGUCCUGGCCCGGUCCUGAGCUCUGCUUCCUUGGGCGCAUACACUGGUGUGCAGCCAGCACCUCAGGGCCCAGCCUUAGGAAGCCAAGCAGGCUGAACUAAGAUCUUGACAGAAGCAGAUGUUUCCCACCUUGGGAGAUUCCGGCUGCCAUAAGGAGAUGUGAGAAGUGACCAGGGUCAGUCACUGAGGGGCGAGGAAGGCCAAGUACCUUUGGCUAGACGAGAAAGAUCCAGUCCACUCCCAAACAAGGACAGCUUGGAGGAAGAACCGUGACACAUCAUAUCUGGAGGGCCCGUCUACUCACUACGGACGGUGACCAUGUGGCCAUCUGGGCCAUGGAACAGCCAUUCUGAACUGUCAUUAGCUACCUCACUGGACUCAAUGGGGGACCCAUGUUGGAUGAAAGAACAGCCCAAGUGACUGGAAGGCGAAACCCAAACUGCCUUGGUUUGGUCCAGAGCUACCAAGCGUGAUGAAAACUGCCCUCUCCAAUUCGAGGAUUUUUGAUACUGAUGGCAUAGAUUAUGAGAUGGGCCAACCGCAGUCUGGCUUGAAGUUCCCUUUGCUUUAUCCCACAUUGAUGCCUUCUUCUGCCCUCCCCCAUUACAUAUGUCUUCCAAUGUUCAAAAAGUUACAAAGUUUAUAU